GAAACAUACUAUAUUUCAUGCUGUUAUUUGUACAAAGUUACAUCUAAACAACUUUUGUCGGUUCAGUAUUUACUUACUGAAGUCCAAGUCAAAUCAAAUUUUUCAACGAAAAUGAACAUUUUAUCGAUCCGUUAAUGUAUUUAUUUGCCUACUAUAAAACCUUUUCCCAAAAAAACGGCUUAUUUAAUAACGUCAAUCAUAACUUGUCAACUUGUGUAAUAUUCAAAUAAUGAUGAAAAAAGUAUUUUGAAUACAUAGCCUGUGAUUUUCCUGCCCUUUGCUAGUAUAUUUUACUAGAAACAAAUGUCUUUUAACAUCCAUAAGUACUUAACUGUCUGGUUGGUGUGCCUACUUCUAUUGAUACAAACGAAAAAGCCGAACAGUAAGCGUCAGCAAGCGGUGUGGCGUCUUGAGUGUGAACUGGGCAUGAUCGCGGAUCCUGACUGUCCUGUAGACGGUGGAUGGUCGUCAUGGAGCGUCUGGUCCUCUUGUCAGGGAGCCUGUGAUGAUGUAGGCCAUCGUCGCAGAACCAGAGAAUGUAUCAACCCGCCACCCUCUCAAGACGGAGCAUCUUGUGGCGGCCCCGACGAACAAUCCGAAGUGUGUUUCCUUACCAACUGUACUGCUGCCAAUUUUCGAUCUCUCGUCAAUGGAGACUCGGCAAGAAUGUCAGCCUUACACCAAUUAGAAGCAGUCCCUGCGCUCAUGGAACGUUGUCUACAGAUGGAGUGUCCAUUUGAAGCUAUCGAAGCUGCCCUGGCCUAUGAUAAUACGUGGCAACUGAAUUCUGAAUCCCUCUGGAAUGCCUUACAAUGCGUGAAACGUAACUUAGGCUGUCCUAUAGCCGGCGAGUGGGGGGCAUGGGCCGCCUGGUCAGCUUGUGGUGCUCGAUGUGGAAGAGGUUUGAAAUGGAGACUAAGACGGUGCGACACACCUGCACCUUCAGACGCUCAUUUCGGUUGCACUGGCACUCCAUUACAAGCAGAAAAUUGUGUAGGUGAUCAAUGUGCCAUUAGUGACUCCGGAGGCAGUUGGGGAGAAUGGAGCGCAUGGUCUCAGUGCUCAGAAAAAUGCGGAGCGGGUGUAAGGCGACGAAGAAGAGUCUGCCACGAGACAGAUACCCCGCCCACGGCCGGCGCAUGGGGGACUCAUUGCCGAGGGCAACAUGAUCAGCUAGAAGUUUGCGAGAACAGUGUAUGCUGCCUUGAUGGUGGAUGGUCGGGUUGGGGUAGUUGGGGUCCAUGCUCGAAAACCUGCGGAGCUGGUCGACGGUCUAGGACAAGGACAUGCACCCGACCCAUUCCACAAGGUGGAGGCGCGGCGUGCGUCGGGCCGAGGACUGAAGUUGGAACCUGCCACUUGGUACCCUGUGACGUUUUCUCGCACAUGGUUGCUAUCUUCCAUGGUGAAUCAUCACUUUACUACAACUUUGAGAACAAACGUGCAACGCUCUAUCACUUUUUUAUAAGAUUUACGCCUUUUUCUCCGCACGGAACCUUGGUACGUAGAGAAACUGGACAGAAGUCGUUCAUUCGCCUCAGUCUCCAAAAAUGGCAUGUCUGCCUGGAUGCAUGUGGAGCUACUCGUUCCUGCUGUCUUCCCAGAAGUUGUUCACACACAAAACUAGAGCCGGCACAAUGGCACACUGCACUCGUCACUGUUACUAGUGAGUCAGCUGUAGUUAGAUUAGAUGACGCUACUAUGAGCGUAAGAUCCGUUUGGCCAUGUAAUCCCGAAUUACCCGACGAUAAGAUGAAGAUUUACGUAGGAGAAAGGCUACACGGACAAGUUCAAGAGUUGAUAUUGAAUUUUAUUCCUUUGAACAUGAUUAUAAGUCGUAACCAAAGAUCUAGAAAGACUGAUUUCCACCCAGUAGCAGCUGCAAACAUUGCUUACGAGAGAGCUAGUACUGAAGAAGCCUAUUUACCACUUAGCGACGACCAGUACCUGCGCUUACCUUGCUAUCAGAAUCAAGAUGAAUGGCGACUUGAAUUAACUUUAAAAACGAAGAAGGAAGCUGGAACCAUAUUAUUUUUGAAAAACGAUCAGAAUACUAACUGGUUACAUUUAUAUUUGCAAAAUAUGAGACUUAAAUUAAAGCUUGCCCUUGGAAGUUUUAGGUCCGAAAGUAGCAGCACCGCUGAAUGCUCUGCGGAUCAGUGGUUUGAUGUGGCUUUGUCUAAGAAGCAAGAAACAAAUGCAAUCGAAGCGUCUAUUAACGCUGGAGAACGAAUGCACGUGCUAUUUGAGGAAGAAGUUUCUAGAAGGAGACGCGAGCUUAUCCAAACUACUGCCAACCAAUCAGGGACUAGCACUAAGAAUGUUGAUGUGUCAAAACCAAUCGUCUCCACUCUGUGUACAGAUGAAUUCUUCAUAGGUGGAGUUCCCAACUUUGUUAAAAAACACAUCAAAACCGAAGAUUUUACUUCAUUAUCUGGAGUUAUAGCAUCGAUUAGUCUUAAUGGUGCUCUUUUAGAUAUACACGACUACAGUAUUGAGCGAUACAAAGAUGAUAAAGUUCAGGUAUCAUCCAAGACGGCAAGUGUAUCGGGGUCCUAUCAUGAAACAGCUUGGGGCAAAUCAAACCGAUUAAAUCUAACCUGUCUUCAUGCCAGGACUGUCAGGUCACCACAUGAAGCUAGUUGGCUUUUCUUAGAUACUGCCGUUAGCGGAGUUUUGAGAGACAAAACUGUAAGAUCUAUCGACGAUGGUCGAGUACUCCGGCUUGUAGCCACAGCUGAUAACGAUUUGAGAGGAUUUUAUACGUGUCGAGCGCAUAGUAACAGGCGCACUCGAAACAUAGUGACAUACGGCGUGUUAGGAAAGAUACAAUAUAAGCUGACUGGACCUGACACAACGACAGCAAUCGCUGUAGUUACUACACUUUUCCUCGUCCUAGGAACUCUAACCUGGCUUGUGAUUGAAGGUGUUCAUGACAUCCGAAACGGCUAUGGGUUCUUUAGAGAUGCGCAUUUGUCGCCAAAUGAAGAGGCCGAAGCUGUGUGCAGAUAUAUUGAUCAGAAUAUGAAUUUGAUAAGUUCUAAGAGCGCUGCUAAGAUAGCUAAAGCGAAAGCUAGGAGGAGGGGCAGGCAACUAGCGAGUAGAUCUAGCUUCGCCGCACAGGAGCCUCAAGGUCUGAUGGAGGAGAACUUGCAGCCAGAGCAAAGUGAGAACACGAUGAGUGAGCCAGAGGGUCUGCCAGCUCUGCCUGAGGUGAAGAGCUCGGGGCCGGAACCAUCCCAGAAUAUAUACAGACUCGAGCCGUGUUACAUGAGUUCACCCCGCCACGACUCAUUAUCCUCUCCAAAGGACAGAGACAGCUCAUCAUCCUCCUUUGAUUUAGUCUCGCCAAAAGUACUUUGUUCUCGACUGCUACUCUCGACCAAGCGGACAACUUCCAGGGAAAGUGUCAUCUCUAAGAAGAGAACCACUAGAACGACUGUAACUUCCUCGUUGCGAAGAGGCAGGUUCAAUCUCACUACGAUUAAGUCUUCGGGUUACGUUAAUCAAUCACCUGCUCAAAGAAUUCUUAAGAAAUUCUACGAGCUAAAGAGUGAUGAUUAAUAAAUGAAAGUGAUUAGUUGAUUUUAAUUUUAAGCUUCAAUUACUUUUAAUACAAAGAUUAAAUACUUUGCACAUAUUAAUUUAGACUUCCUUCUUAGGUCAUUUAACAAAUAAGUUCUUAACUAUUAUGUUAUGUUACUGCAAUAAACAUGUUC